ACAUACCUACGAAACGAUAAACAGAGUGGAAUCGAUCAAAACAAAACCUCAAAAAGCAUUUUUUUAUAUCUAGUUAAUAAUUAGGUAUAGAGUUGGUUCGUAAAUUUCUAGAAUUUAAUACUAAUAAUAAUGGUUACCAGUUACGUUAUAGCAUUAUCUAUUUUGACUCUGUUUACAGUGGAAAGCAAUGCCCUUUGGUGCUACCAAUGUGUGUCAACACAACCAGGUUGCGGUACCCCAUUUAAUUGGCUUUUUCACUGGACAAAAAUAUGCCCAGAGGAUGAUGAUGUCUGUGUUAAAAUAAUCGAAGAAAAAGAUGGUUCUUCCGUUAUAACUAGAGACUGCCUGAGCUCCAUGCAGGGGCUUCGCACUGACAUUCCUGCCGAUCACUAUGAAGGAUGCCGCCCAGCAGCAAUAGAUCUGAAGUUAGCAAAUUAUGUCAACAAUAGUAACAAAGAACUGGACAUUUAUAGAAAUUACUAUGACAAAACGACAUGGUGUUUUUGUUUCUUGGACCACAGGUGUAAUGGAGGCUUUUCAAGCAAAGCUUCUGCUGCAGUAAUAAGUUUAGGAUUUGCAAUUGCUAUAUAUCAGCAAUUGUAGGGUAUGUUAGCCCCUUGUGAAUGAUCUGAACAAUUCUCUUCCAUAUACGAAUGACUGGCAAGCAUUUGCAAUGUGUUACUGAUGUGAAAAUUGUUGGUACCCAUUACCACAGCCUAAUUUAUAGAUUGAGUAAUCAACACUAAUUGUGCGAAACUUGCCAGGAGAGUAUUCAUUUUUUUGGUCAUGCACUAGAUAUUAUUUUUAUUACUUCUAACUUGGAAAUGUCGAACUCGGAAUUUUUGAUUCUCAACCUAGAAUUACAUAAUUCACACUUUCAACUCCAGAUUGGUUUUAGUAAUAUCAGUUAUGAGUUUUCCAAGAUACCGUGUAAACGUGGUCCAUAGCCUGACAGUUUAUUUUCACCCACUCAUUCUAUAAAUUAGUCUUAACUACUAUCAGUAGUGUGAUUUGUCAUUUAAACCCAUAGUCGUAUUAUUCAGCUAAAGCUAGUUCUGCGUACCAAAGUUGUCUUAUACUGGCAUCAAACCGACAGGU